UUCUGGGACUUUCUAUGGGGGCUUAAUAAAGGUCUAGGAGGACAGCUGCCGGCUAGUUAAGCGGACAACUAACCUCUCGACUGCUCCUUGACUAUUCCUCCCUGCCUCCUUCGGAUUUCCUUAAGAGAUUUGUUUUGUGCGUCUUAUAUAGGCAUACUCGUUCGGUCCUUCACUGGUCCUGUAUAAGCUCAUGAAUAUUUAUGCUACCAUCGACGCAGCAAAUCAGCUGGGCUCCUUCUGCAUACGUUUAUUGUGUAAUUCACGAAUUUACAUCUGUCAAUCCCUACGGUACUAUCCGGCAUCCGCAGUUUAUCGGAACAUCUCAAUUCCUUUAAAUCACCUAAAUUCUGUCAUGGCCAAAUGGGGAGAGGGAGACCCGCGCUGGAUUGUGGAAGAAAGAGCAGAUGCGACAAAUGUCAAUAACUGGCACUGGACAGAGAGAGAUGUCACAAGCUGGUCUCAAGAUGCAAUAAAUAGCCUCCUUCUUGGGCUUCGUGUAGAGGGUGAAGAAGGCUCAUGCGAGAUCACAGACGUCAGCAAUAUAGAUGGAGAGGCCUCUAUCAACAACCGCAAAGGGAAACUCAUCUACUUCUAUGAGUGGGUUGUUAAAGCCUCAUGGACUGGUACAAAUAAAAUGGGAAUCAAAUAUAAAGGCACUGUGGAAAUACCAAAUCUCUCUGAUGAAAAUGACAUGGAUGACUUAGAUAUUUGUGCUAGACUUUGUAAAGACCAGCCAAACACACUUCUGACUGACCUCAUGAGAAAGGAGGGAGUCAAGAAAAUCAGAAUGGCACUGGGCAACUAUGUCAAACAUCUCAAAACAGCGUUCUCUCAGGGUAUGAUUUUACCAACAGAAAACGCAUUCAACAAACAGAAUCAGGAGACACAAGCCAAGGUCAAACUAGACAAAACCCAAAUUGGAUCCUCCACAACAAAAAAUGCUCCCAACACUGGAGUUAAAAUUUCAACAGUAUCUUUGACUAUGAAAGACACCUUUCUUACCUCACCAGAAGAGUUGUACAGGGUUUUCCUAAACCAAGAGAUGGUACAAGCAUUUACACACCUUGCUGCCUUUGUGGAUGGGUGCUCAGGUGGCAAAUUCCGGCUGCUGGAAGGAAAUGUUCAUGGGCAGUUUGCAGAACUGAUUCCAGACCAGAAAAUUGUCAUGAAAUGGAGGUUUUCAAGUUGGCCAACUGGACACGCAGCAACUGUCAUUUUAGACUUCAUAAAUCAAGGUAGUGAGACAGAGCUGCUUCUGGAGGCCAGAGGAGUUCCCAGCAAUGAGGAGGAAAGAAUGAAAGUGGGCUGGCAGAGAUACUACUUUGAUGCCAUUAAACAGACGUUUGGUUAUGGAGCACGACUCUGUUAAGCCAAAGCUCAUGUUGUGCCAUGCCAGAAACUCAUGACAUAAUACAAAUAGAUUAAAAAAAAAAACA